CAGCUGCCGCAAGGACCGCUGCAGCUCCUCCGUCCGCCUCACUGAGGAGUGAACUGCCAGCCGAGCUCAGGCUAGUUAGCAGGACAGGUGGCUGGCUGCUAAGUCAGCUAACUCACAGGCAGACAGCCCCGCUCCCUGCCCUGCGAGGACAUGUCGCGGCUAUAACGCAGACAGACACCCGCCAGAAGCAGCGCGCUAACGGGGGCUACACGCUUUCUGCAUGCGUCGCUUUUUAAUUAGCUGGUUAGCGCUAACGCGGAAGGCGUCUCCACAUCAAUGAUCGGCGCAGCGGCUGCAGCUCUCCGCACGAUUUAAAAGACAUUUCUGCAGGAGCGAAGCAUGUCCAAACGACUGAGAAACACCGAGGUCUGCGCAGACUGCAGCGUCCCAGAGCCGCGCUGGGCCUCGGUCAACAGAGGCGUGUUGGUCUGCGACGAGUGCUGCAGCGUUCAUCGAAGUCUGGGCAGGCACAGCUCUCAAGUCCGCCACCUGACGCACACGCCGUGGCCUCCUACUCAGCUGCAGAUGGUUCAGACGCUCUACAGCAACGGCGCAAACUCGAUAUGGGAGCACUCUCUCCUGGACCCCGCGUCUGUGAUGAGCGGAAAACGGAAGGCCAACCCUCAGGACAAACUUCACCCAAACAAAUCAGAGUUCAUUAAAGCCAAAUAUCAAAUGCUGGCGUUCGUCCAUCGCAUGCCCUGCCGGGAGGACGACAGCUCGACAGCAAAGGAUUUAAGCAAGCAACUUCAUUCGAGCGUCCGCACCGGUAACCUGGAGACCUGUUUGAGGCUGCUGUCCCUCGGAGCACAAGCGAACUUUUUUCACCCCGAAAAAGGAAACACUCCUUUGCAUGUCGCUGCAAAGGCAGGACAAGUAUCUCAGGCUGAGCUGUUAACCGUUUAUGGGGCAGAUCCAGGAGCUCCGGACAGCAAUGGGAAGACUCCCAUUGACUAUGCAAGAGAAGCUGGGCAGCACGAACUGGCGGACAGGCUGGUGGAGGUUCAGUACGAGCUGACGGACCGGCUGGCUUUUUACUUGUGUGGAAGAAAACCAGAUCAUAAAAACGGCCAGCACUUCAUUGUUCCACAAAUGGCCGACAGAAACAUCAGUUUAGAUUUAUCAGAACUGGCAAAGGCGGCAAAAAAGAAACUCCAGUCUCUCAGUAAUCAUUUAUUCGAGGAGCUGGCCAUGGAUGUGUAUGAUGAGGUGGACAGACGAGAGACGGAUGCAGUGUGGCUGGCUACGCAGAAUCACAGCACUCUGGUGACGGAGACGACGGUCGUUCCAUUUCUCCCUGUGAAUCCAGAGUAUUCAUCAACAAGAAAUCAGGGUCGACAGAAGCUUGCGAGGUUUAAUGCACACGAGUUCGCCACGCUGGUGAUCGAUAUAUUAAGUGACGCUAAGCGACGACAACAAGGGAAUUCAAUCGUUAGUCCCAAAGACAAUGUGGAGCUGAUCCUGAGGAGUGUGGGAGUCCGGCACUGCAGUGACAGUCAGGACAACGACCAGCCGGAUUACGACAGUGUGGCGUCUGACGAGGACACGGAUCCGGAGCUGCCCUCCAGCAAGGGAGAUAGGACCAAGAGCCUGGACUCGGACCUGUCGGACGGCCCGAUUACUAUGCAAGAAUACAUGGAGGUGAAAAACGCUCUGUCCGCCUCCGAGGCGAAGAUCCAGCAGCUCAUGAGAGCCAACAACUCCCUGAGCGAUGAGCUGAGGCUCAUGCAGAAAAAGCUGCAAUCUCUGCAAAGCGAGAACACGUCCCUCAAGCGGCAGGUCACUACCAAUAUGUAUCAGACCCCCGGCGGUACAGACUACCCCGACCCCUCCAGCCCCUCAGCCCUGAAACGCCGGCAGUCUGCGCGGGCCAGUCGGCCCAUGUCUAUGUAUGAGACCGGCUCGGGCCUGAAGCCCUAUCUCCCCAAAGGGGAAACUCCCCACCCAGAAGAGGGUGUCCCUUCCCUGCAACCCUUCCCACCUCAUACGGAAAGGGGCGCUUUUGUGACCACCUCCUCAUCCCUCCCCUCAUUCCCAUCCACCUUGUCUUGGUCGAAGGAUGACACGGCCCCAAAGGCGACAAAGCUAGAGAAGCAGAGCAGCAUGCCCGAGAGCGACUACGACAACACGUUCAACGACUCUGAGGUGGAGGACUCCAGCUUCAUCAGGAGGAGCAGGCUGAGGAGCUGGAUGGGAGAGGGCCACUCCAUACCCGAGCUGGACGACGUGGAGACGGAGCCCGACCCGGCGCUGCCCAGCACGGAGGACGUCAUCCGCAAAACGGAGCAGAUCACCAAGAACAUCCAGGAGCUGCUUCGAGCUGCUCAGGAGAACAAACAUGACAGCUUCAUACCCUGCUCAGAAAGAAUACAUGUGGCUGUAACAGAAAUGGCUGCCCUCUUUCCCAAGAAGCCUCGCUCGGAGACGGUGAGAGGCUCCCUGCGCUUGCUGACCUCCAGUGCGUGCCGGCUGCAGAGCGAGUGCCGGAAGGCGGUGCCCUCGGAGGGCUGCCCGGGGCCGGACAUGCAGCUGGUCACCCAGCAGGUCAUCCAAUGUGCUUACGACAUUGCCAAGGCUGCAAAACAGCUUGUCACCAUCACGACUAAGGAGAAUACCAACUAACGGCACUUAACAGGGCUGCAAAGCCGUCAGCAUCUCAGUUUUUUAACAUAUAUUUUCUAUUGAGUUUAUCAUAUUUCUUUUUUUUUGUAUUUGUGGUAUAUGCAUGCAUUGUUUUUUUUUUUAAUUUAUGAAUAUGCAUCGACAAUAUUUAAAGCCAAUGUUGUACAAAGAGAAAGUGUCGAGGGAGAAGUCAGAAUCUUUACAUGGGAAUAUCCAGCUAUUGUAACAGCACAAUUUCUCUAAAAUUACAAUAAUUCCCAUCAGCUAGCAGGAACUGAACUACUCUGGACUUAAAAACUGUACAAAAUGUCUUGAAGUCCUUAAUAUCAGUGUUUUUCAUUCAGAGAGGACACGAAGCACAGUAAAUCCAUACGGUGAUACAGGUUAACACGAUCAGUCCAAAAUCCGCACACAGAUGCUUGAAAAGCCAUAAAUAGGUUCUGAAUUUGUCGUCAUUGGAUUCGAUCCCAACACUCUCGUAGCUAAAAGGAGCUUCCUCUUAUUUAUUGCACUGUGUACAC